AUGCAACAGAGAGAGAGAGAGCUGCUGGCGUCGUUGCUGCCUUUUGUGGCCUCCCAUGCCGAUUAUUGUCUGUCCGCUGAUCAUGGGUGGUGUGCCUCCACUAGUGACGUCGUCUGCAGGCAUUUCAGAGCACCAGUGAAACACACAUCACGUCGCAUGCUUUGGCAGUGGACAUGGUGUCGUGCAUGCAGCCGGCAUUAUUUUGCCCGACUCCUUUUCACUGCCUUGCGACAAAUAGAUGCGUCUCCGCCCGAGUCAUUCACUGCAGCUCCGUGUGCUGUACUGCCAGCACAAGACUCUCCUGUUGUCUGGCGCCUGGCUGACAGUCAAGCACCACUGCGUUGGGACAUGCAAGGAUGUGGACUGCCGCUCACGGUGUUGGGCACCGCUGUUUGGAUGCGGCGGCCACACGAGCGGAUGUAUUGUGGCACAAUCAAAUGCGUGAAAUACGCGGAGUCACAGCGACUGCGAUAA